AUGCAAUUGAUACUCGAACUCCUCAGAAGAUUCGAUUAUGAAAGUAUUAAGACCAUUAUUGCUAGCGAUUGCAAGAACACUAUUGAUGCAAUAUUGACAUAUGUGCCACGCUACAUUGAUAUAUAUGGUGAUAAUCCCGAUGAUUGGAAAAAUAGUAAUAAAGGUCCAUUGAAUAAUGCAGACUCACUCAACGAGGCAAUGAAUUUGUUGUGGGAUAUGGAGGACAAGUGCGGCAAUGAAGGGUUGGAGGGAGUCUUGUUGGUAUACAAGAGAUGGGUUAACAACAUUAAGAGAUUCGACUGGGCACAAGACUUGGCAUUAAGGAUGUAG